CAAGAUGUUUAAAACAUUUGCAACUCUGUUAUUCACAACCCCACCAGCGCCGAAGUACACGGUUAUUGCAACCAAAGAGGGGUUUGAGGAGCGAGAAUAUGAUGAGUCGCUCUGGGCAGUAACUGAGGCUACUGGAGAAACAAUCAAGGCAGCUACCUCAGUGGGAUUCCGGAAGCUCUUUAAGUACAUCACAGGAGCAAAUAAAGAAGGUGUAACAGUAGCCAUGACUGCUCCUGUGAUGGUAUUUCAUGAACCUGGCGACGAGGAGGGAAACUGGACAUCUCUCAAGAAAGAUAUCAAAGUCGGUUUUAUGAUCCCAGAAGAGGUCAGAGAAAAAGUCCCCACGCCCACGGACGACACUAUAACCAUGAGGAAUACACAUAAGAGCCGUGCUUACGUCAGCAAAUAUGGUGGUUUUUCUAACGAAGAAGAUGCUCUCGCGGAGAUCGCCAAGCUUCGGUCUGCUCUGGAGAAAGAAAACUGCAAAUACAAAGAGAAAUUUUGUUAUUAUUGUGGAUACGACAGUCCCGUCACUCUUUUUGGAAGACGAAACGAAAUCUGGUUCAUUAAAGAAACAGAAGUUUCCACCAUUUGAUGUUGUCUGUUUACCUUUUACACUUUUGCUUAACGGUCACUGAACACUCAUUGGUAAUUACUCAAAAUAAUUGUUAGCAUGAAAGCUAACUUGGUAACGAGCAUUGGAGAGCUGUUGAUAGUAGCAACAUAUUGUGAGAAAUGGCUCCCUCUGAAGUAAUGUGGAUUUUGAGAAAGAUGUAUUUUCUCAGGUAAAUAAUUAAAGACAUCAGGUCUGAAGGCCUUUUUAGGCAUCCGAAAGCACACAAAUAUUUGCAACAAUGGUGUUUAUUGUUACUAUUAUUCUCUUGCAAC